GCAAUUAAGAACGAGCCUGUUGAUGAGACAUGAACGGCAUGUAACGGUAUUUUCGUCCUCGUCUAUGUCAUGGUUAGAGCUGAGCAUCUGCAAGCUACAUGGGAGAGGUUGGACUACCUCCCUCUGUAACAGAACAACCUCGGCACCUUGAAAGCGAAAGCGGCUCUUGACAGCCCCCCUCUCGGCCUCAUAAAUAAACAACCUGGAAUGUCAUCAUCAGCCAUACCCGCCCUCCGCCGGGCACUCCUCUAUGUCCCCGCGUCCUCCCCCAGGAUGCUGGCCAAGAGCCUCACCCUGACCGCCGACAACGUGACCUACGACCUGGAGGACUCGGUGACCGCAUCCAUGAAAGACGCAGCCCGCGCAGCGCUCCAGGCGCACCUCGCCGCGCUCGCAGACAACAAGAAGAAGCAGGAGAACAGGCCGGCCUCCAUCGGCGAGAUCGCGGUGCGCAUCAACGGCGCGUCCACGCGGCACGCAGAGGCCGACAUCCGCGCCGUGGCGGCGCUCGCGAGCGUCGACGCCCUCGUCGUCCCCAAGGUCAACAGCCCCGCGGACCUCGCCUUCGUGGAGGACGCCGUCGCCUCGGCCGGCCCGCGGACCCGGCCGCUCAAGCUGCUCGCGCUGGUCGAGUCGGCGCGGGCCGUCAUGGACCUGCGCGACAUCUGCGGCGCGUCGUCCCGCCGCGGAGGCGGCGCCGGUGGCGGCGGUGGCGGCCUGGCGGGCCUGAUCUUCGCGGCCGAGGACUUCGCGCUCGACCUGUCGCUGCGGCGGACGCCGGGCCUGGCCGAGUUCCUGUACGCGCGCAGCGCCGUCGUCACGGCCGCGCGCGCCUUCGGGCUCGAGAGCGCCAUCGACCUGGUCUGCACCUCCUAUCGCGGGGCUGAGGGACAAGAACGGCUGGAGUUCGAAUGUCAGGAUGGGAGGAAUCUGGGGUUUACCGGGAAACAGUGUAUACACCCCAAUCAGGUACCAACUGUCCAGCGCAUGUUCUCACCUAGCAAAAGCGAGGUUGAAUGGGCCGUCCGCGUGCUGGUCGCUGACGGAAAGGCUUCGGCUGCCGGGCGAGGUGCCUGGUCCUUGGACGGGAAGAUGAUUGACGCCCCUGUGGUUGGUAAAGCUCGUGCAACGGUUGCCAUAGCAAAGAGAUGCGGCUUUGAUGUUGAUAGUAUCGAACAAGGCUGGAAACAUCAGGAACCUGAAUAGCAUUGUCAUGCCUUUAAUGU